AUGUGCUUCGGCCUGUCGAGACGCAGAGGAUACGGAGGUGGCUACGGCGGUCCUGGCUACGGCCCCCGCCCAGUUAUCGUACAGACCCACCACCACGGCCAUCACGGCGGCGGCAUGAUGGGUGGACCUAGACCAUGCGGCCCCCGACCCGGCUUCGGCGGCGGCGGCUUUGGCGGACCCGGCAGACAUGGAUACGGCGGCGGCGGUAGGGGUGGAGGAUGGGGAGGCCGCGGUGGUCGCUGGUAG